GCAGACGCAAGCGGACAGCUUCCUACCGUGGCAGAGUGCAGGGAAUGACUACGGCAAAUCAGGCCACACUGCUGAACAGGGAGGUGGAGUGUCACUAGAGGGGAGGGUGUGGUCUCUGGCCCGCUGCACUGAGCGCCAUGCCCACAGGAGAAGAGCCACUGGGGCAGGGAUUGCAGUGUGACAUGACGGCCUUGCCCCAAAGCCAGUGCUGAGCACCCCCAGGUCAGCUGUCUCCCUUGAGUCUGCCUGUGACCACCAGCCCACACAUUUUCAGCAUCCCUCAACUGUGACCAUUCUGUUUGUUUGGCAAAAGGUGGGGGAGAGGCACCCGUCCUGUGUUCUGUGUCAGGGGGUGGCCCGCUGCUGCCGGACCAUGGGAUGCCGGCAAAGCUCAGAGGAGAAAGAGGCAGCGCGGCGGUCCCGGAGAAUUGACCGCCACCUGCGCUCCGAAAGCCAGCGGCAGCGCCGGGAAAUCAAACUUCUCCUGCUGGGCACCAGCAACUCGGGCAAGAGCACCAUCGUCAAGCAGAUGAAGAUCAUCCACAGCGGCGGGUUCAACCUGGACGCUUGCAAGGAGUACAAGCCCCUCAUCAUCUACAACGCCAUCGACUCACUGACCCGCAUCAUCCGGGCCCUGGCUGCCCUUAAGAUUGAUUUCCACAACCCUGACCGUGCCUAUGAUGCCGUGCAGCUCUUUGCACUGACUGGCCCAGCCGAGAGCAAGGGCGAGAUCACACCCGAGCUGCUGGGUGUCAUGCGACGGCUGUGGGCCGACCCCGGGGCUCAGGCCUGCUUCGGGCGCUCUAGUGAGUACCACCUGGAGGACAAUGCCGCCUACUACCUGAAUGACCUGGAGCGCAUCGCGGCCCCUGACUACAUCCCCACGGUGGAGGACAUCCUCCGCUCUCGGGACAUGACCACGGGCAUUGUGGAGAACAAGUUCACCUUCAAGGAGCUUACCUUCAAGAUGGUGGACGUGGGCGGGCAGAGGUCAGAGCGCAAGAAGUGGAUCCACUGCUUUGAAGGCGUCACAGCCAUCAUAUUCUGUGUGGAGCUCAGUGGCUAUGACCUGAAGCUCUAUGAGGACAACCAGACGGUGUUUGUGGAAGGUGGAAGGCUCUGGCCACAGCUCUGGAUGCCUGAGUGUUCCGGACAUAGAGCCUGUAGCCUGACCGAUGGCCAUGAAGACAGAAGGCAGGGCUCUCUUCCCCUCCCCUCCAGCAUCCAGGUACCCUGGGAACCGUGCCAGAGCCGAAUGGCAGAAAGUCUGCGCCUCUUUGACUCCAUCUGCAACAACAACUGGUUUAUCAACACCUCGCUCAUCCUCUUCCUGAACAAGAAGGACCUCCUGGCAGAGAAGAUCCGGCGCAUCCCACUCAGUGUCUGCUUCCCAGAGUACAAGGGUCAGAACACGUACGAGGAGGCUGCGGUCUAUAUCCAGCGUCAGUUCGAGGACCUAAACCGCAACAAGGAAACCAAGGAGAUCUACUCGCACUUCACCUGUGCCACCGACACCAGUAACAUCCAGUUCGUCUUUGACGCGGUGACGGAUGUCAUUAUACAGAACAAUCUCAAGUACAUUGGCCUUUGCUGAGGAGCCAGGCACGGCCUGCCUGCCUGUGGUGAAACCCGCGGGGGUGUCUGGACCCCAGCUCAUGCUAGAGAGGCCCAACCCCAGGGGCAGGAAACGGGGCUUGAAGAGUGUGUCCCCACCCCACCCCCAGCCUCUGCCUUCUUGGCCCCACGUCUCAGCAAACAUAAAUAUAUUUGGAUAGAUUGCUAGGUAGGUAGGUAGACGACACACAGACACGCACACACGCACAUCCGGAGAUGGCAGAGUUUGCCCACGUGUCAAGGUUUCCUGAAGUCUUA